AUGACUCCGCAAGAACGCAACGUUCGGGUCAGGCGUCCAUUGCUGGAAGUUCCUACAUUUGCUGGGAACUACAUGGAGUUCAAUACGUUCUGGUCCGUUUUCGAAUCGCUAAUACACAGCGACGACGAUUUGAGCGACCAAGAGAAGUUCUUAUUUUUGAAGCAGGCUCUGAAGGGAAAAGCGGCCGCUUCAAUUAGCAGUGUCCCAGUACUGGGAGAAAAAUAUGCCGUUGCCGUCAACAUACUGAAGAAACAUUAUGACAAGUCUUCAAGCAUCGCAGACAUUUUGAUUAAUGAAAUAGAACGUUUGCCGCGAGCUCAAGGAAAUCCGAGGAGUUGCCGCGAAACCCUCGCUGCAAUUUCUUCUCGCAUCACACACCUGGAGCAAACGGGACUACAAAUGAAUGCAGAUCGAAUGUGGAGACGCCUUAUCCUGUCCAAAUUUACGGAAUCGAUCUGUGGCAAAGUGAUAAGGAAGGAAAACGACACUGGAAACUCUCUCAACGUGAAUGAAAUCAUGGAAUCCAUCGAUGAGAUAAUCACCUUGAAGGAGACAACUGAACUAACGACAAAGACAUUGUUUGGUUUCGAUCAAACCAAACAAAGCAACAUCAGAAUCCAACAAGAAAGAUUCAUGAAUAACAGGGCAGCUCCCAUCCAAAGGAAUAAACCCACAUGUCUUUGUGGAGAAACGCACUCUCCACAGCAGUGUAAUAAAUUCAGCUCACCAGAGGAGCGUCGGGCAGAAGCCAGACGACAAAGAGUUUGCUGGAGGUGCUUCAGCAAGGGACACAAUUCUAGACUAUGCUCUGCUGUAAGCAAAUGCCCUAAAUGCAAUGAAGACCACCAUUCUUCACUCUGCACUUCUACAAAUCAACUUCAAGUACCAAACUCGUCAGCUCAGAGAGGGUACCAACCUCCUGGUAAACCCCAAACUCAAUCAAGAUUUACCACUUCGACAGACAACAACCGGUUCAAGCAGCCUCCAAGGUCGAAUAAUCAGCAGCGGGAGAGUAGUCGAAUUCAAGCACUGCCAAACACGACUCCACAGGAGAAUAUAACAGUCGGACAAAACCAACCGCCUCUCAAUCAACAUGUGCUACAAAUUGCAUCAGCACUGAUCUUCAACGAAUCAGAGUUCGAUUAUCAAACGAUAACUCUUCUCCUAGAUUCUGGAGCUCAAAGAAGCUUUAUCAAAUCAUCACUUGGAGCUUCGCUGAAAUUACCAACGUUCAGCACGACAUCGUUCACUACUAUAGGAAUGGGAGAGUUACAAGAGUCCUUCAAAUCUGAUGAAGUUCGAAUUACCUUGAAAAGCUGUCAUAGCUCAACCAAGCUGCGUAAUAUACCAGUCUUCACCAAAGACAAGCUGACCACUACCACGAGGACAGCGAACCUAUCAGAAGAAGAUCGAAACUUCAUAAAGGGAAAGAAGAUCUCGAUUGCGCAGAGGAACCUUCUUCCUAUGAACGUAUCGCCUGACAUACUCAUAGGACAGGACUUACUGCAUCAAAUUCUUGACCACAAUGCUGCAUUAUCAAGCUGCCAUCCGGAUUAG